AUGCCUUCCUUCACCAGCGUCCUCACCUCCCAUUCCACGGACUGCGAAGCCGGCCUCUCCUACUUCAAGUGCGGCACCAACGACGGCUGCUUCGCCAAGGACCCCUGCACUGGCCCCUCCGACCAGACCGCCUCGUCCUGCAACCCCAACGCCAAGGCCACCCACCUCGAGCCUUCCGUCAUCCACGACAUCUUCCCCACCCAGCCCGACCUCGCCACCGGCCCCGCCACCGGCGUCCACCUCGAGACCUACGCCGACAAGUCCCAGGUCGAGCAGGUCCUCGCCUUCACCGGUAUUCCCAAGGACGCCAAGAGCUGCAGCUUCAACUGGAAGCAGGGCGACCGCAUCGAGCGCAUCUUCAUCGCCGUCUCCUACAACUCCGUCAAGCCCUUUGACACCGCCAAGGCCGAGUUUGGCGGUGCUGACUUCACCAACUGGGACACCCUUGGCGACGACACCCACGGCGUCGGCGUCGUCGACUGCGCCGAGUCUCUCUACUUCAAGGUUGCCCUGCGCAAUGCCAAGGGCGAGACCAGCAUCUACCUCAACCAGAACGAGAGCAACGGUUACUACGUCAGCUACACCUGCUAA